AUGCCUUACCCGAACGUCUCUCAUCUUCCAGGGGAAGAUAUAUCGCACUCUACAGACUUCAAACCAGCAACCAUAUCACAACCCCUUAUCAAUAGUAUCCCACCUGAUCUUCUCCCUCGUUUCGAUCCUGUCUUUGCAAAAUAUCAUACACAUUACUCGGCAGGAAGAUUAAGCAUUUAUCAAAUUCCGCUCAAGGAACUCAGGACCAAUCCACGCAAAUACAGCAUCGUCUACGGCCGCGCCAUUGCACCUGACGUACAUUCUAUCACCGAUGUCCAGUGUCCAGUUUCCCCUUCUGGCGAUGGGAAAAGUAGUAUUACGGUGAGGAUUUAUGAGCCCGCCCCAAACAUAAAUGGGGGUAAACCUAGACCUGCGUAUAUCAAUUUCCAUGGCGGGGGAUGGAUUAUCGGGGGUUUGGAGUCGGACAUGGAGUUUUGUAAGAGGUUGGUUGGGGAAUUGGGAUGUGUGGUCUUUGAUGUGGAUUACAGGUUGGCACCGGAAUACCAAUAUCCUAUUCCAGUUAAUGAUUGCAUUGAGGCUUUUAAGUGGAUUGGAUCGGAUGAUAUGGUUCAAAAGCGAAAUCUAGAUAGACAGAAGUUUGCUGUUGGAGGUAUGAGUGCGGGUGGGAUGUUGGCGGCGGUUGUGAGCCAUGUUUGUAGGGAUGAGGGGUUGCCAUUGAGCUUCCAAAUUUUGGGCGUUCCGGUUAUAGAUGUGGACGGAUAUGGACCAGAUGGAAAGUUGACGGAUGAAGGAUGGAAACGCUAUGAGAGUUACAGGGAACUGGAAUUCACUGUACCGUUGCCAGCGGUAGAAAUGGAAUAUUUUGUGGCACAUUUUUUGGGGGAGAAGAGGGAUCCUGAAACCUAUAAUAAUUGGAAGGUGUCCCCCAUACUAUCAUCCAACUUCAAGGGUUUGGCGCCGGCUCUCAUCAUGACAGCAGAGAUGGAUCUACUAAGAGAUGAAGGUGAAGCUUACGGGGAGAAGAUGAAUGCUGCAGGUUCUCAAGCCGAAGUCAUUCGAAUGAAAGGGAUGCCUCAUACAUUUAUGGCGAUGGAUGAUAUUCUCGAAGAUGGUAAGAGGUACAAUCGGGAAGCAAUCCGAGCUUUAGCUACUGCUUGGGGAAUCAAUAAAUAA